AUGACGCCAGAAGAACGAGAGCGCGUUGUGGUGUUUGGGGUGCUUGCCGCGUUCGGCGCACUUGCCCACGUGCUACACGGCGUCCCGGUGAUCAAGUGCGUCCUCUUAUGUGUCCUGGCGCUGCUGGUGGUGCUGUUCACCAACCCCUACGCGCGCUGGCGCUACCGUCACAUCCCCGGCCCCGCGUACCGCCCGCUGGUCGGCAACCUGCCGGAUAUCAUCGCGGAGGGCAGCCACGCCCUGUUUGAGAGGUGCCGCGCGCAGUACGGCCCCGUCUUCAAGGUCUGGUUUGGCGCGCGGCCCUGGGUGGUGGUCGCCGACGCGGACAUGGGGCGGCGCGCCAACUACCGCCUGCUCAACCGGCCGUUUGGGUUCACCAACCCCCUCGCCAGAGGGGAGGUGCUGCGGUCAGUGAUGGAGGGCCUGUUCCUCAGCCGCGACGGGAUGUGGUCCAUGCUGCGCAAGGUGUGGCAGCCCACCUUCCACUCGGAGUCCCUCCACGGCUACGCCCCAGUCAUGGCGUCUGAGACGCGCCGCCUGGUGGCCCGACUGCGCGGGCUGGCCGCGGCGCAGGAGGGCGACGCGGCAGGGAGCGGCGCGCCCGCCAUCAACAUCUGGAGGGAGGUCGGGCGCAUGACAAUGUCUGUCGUGGGGUCGACCGCGUACGGCGUUGACUUUGACCUGCUGGCCCAGGAGGAGGGGCAGGGGGGCUCGGUGGGGCAGGAGGCGGCCCAGCCUGGGCAGGGGGACGGCGCCCCUGCACGCAUGCGCAGCAGGUCCGGCGGAGCUGCGCUGGUCCAGGCCGCGGCGGACAUGUUUGAGUGCAGCGAGAUUGGCAACGCGACGCGGUACCUGGUGGCGGCGCACCUGAUGCCGGUGCUGGUACCGGUGCUGCAGCUGCUGGUGGCGGUGUUCCCUGAUGCGCGCUACAAGCGCCUUGUCCACGCCCGCAAGACCCUGAAGAGCACCAGCCUGUCAUUGAUCAGCGACACACGCGCCCACCAGGCGCGCCAGCAGCAGCAGCAGCAGCAGCAGCACGCCGCGCAGAGUGGCGCCGCCAGCCCCGUCGUCCCCUCCUCACCGCAGGCCGGGCCCUCGGCCUCCGCCGCCCACCGCCCCGUGGGCGUGUCGCCCGGCAGCUUCCUGGGGCUGCUGCUGGCGGCGCGCGACCAGGAGGGCCACGCCCUCAGCGACAGGCAGAUGGCGGCGCAGGCCAACGUGUUCACGCUCGCAGGAUACGAGACCACGGCCAACACGCUGUCGUACGCCAUCUACUGCCUGGCAGCCCACCCCGAGGCCCAGGCCAGGGUGCUGGCUGAGCUGGACGCCCUGGGGGGGCCCGCGGGGCGCGAGGUCACCGUGGACGACCUGGACCACCUGCCCUACACCGCCGCCGUGGUGGACGAGGCGCUGCGCCUCUACCCCCCCGGCGCCUCCACCAUGCGCGAGGCGCGCGGCGCCAUUGAGCUGGGGGGCUAUGCCAUCCCUGACGGCGCCACGGUGGUGGUGGCCACCUACUCCAUCCAGCGGGACCCCGCAUACUGGCCCAAGGCGGACGCCUUCCUGCCAGAGCGCUGGAUCAAGGGCCACGAGGACCUGGCGGCUACCAACCCCAACGCGUACCUGCCCUUCGGCUCGGGCGCGCGUAUGUGCAUCGGGUACCGUUUCGCCCUGCAGGAGGCGCGCCUCACGCUGGCCCAGCUGUACCGCAACUUCACCUUUGAGCUGGCGCCCGGACAGGUGCCCCUGCGCGUGCGCACGGGCAUCACCAUGUCGCCCGCGGAGGGCGUCUUUGUGCGCGUGGUGCCGCGCAGCGCCGCGCCAUCGGCUUGA